AUGGAGUGCAGCAGAGAAGAGGCCUUGAAGGCCAUGGAAAUUGCUGCUAAGAAGUUGGAAAACAGAGACUUUGCUGGUGCUAAAAGGAUUGCCCUUAAAGCACAGAGGGUUUUUCUAGAGGUCGAGAACAUACCCCAGCUGUUAACUGUCUGUGAAGUACACUGUGCAGCAGAAGCAAAGGUAAAUGGGAUAUUGGACUUUUAUGGAAUUCUCCAAGUAGAAGGAACAGCGGAUGAGAUGACCAUAAGGAAGCAGUUUUGUAAGCUUGUUCUCUUACUUGACCCUGAUAAAAACAGUUAUGCUGGUGCAGAUUCUGCUUUGAAGUUUGUUGCAGAAGCAUACUCAACAUUGGCUGAUCAAACAAAACGACAUGUAUAUGAUGUCAAAUGGAGGGUUGCUUUCAAAAUUGCACCAAAGCAGGCUACACAACCAACACAGGCUGCAGAACCAACUCGGGUUACACAACCAAAUCAGGCUACACAACCGAAACAGGCUGCAAAACCAAAGCAGGCUACACAACCUAAUCUGGCUGAGGAAUCAGAACGGCCUGCACAGCCAAAGCAGGCUACACAACCAAUGAAGACUACAGAGCCGAUUAACAGAACCGAUGCAAAUAGAAGUAACACAGCAAGAUACGGACCAUCAGAUUCAUCACCAACUGAUGGGUGUGCAUUUUGGACCAUAUGCAUCCACUGUAAAAGAAAAUAUAAGUACCAUGGCAACAUACUUAAUCUUCAGAUCCGUUGUCGGAACUGCAGGCAAAAAUUCUUUGCAUACCAGAUAAGUACAGAGGAUGUGACUUCUGUAUUCUCAUCAAAAACAGCAAAUAGUGAUGGGCAACAGGGCUGUCUUCCUACUCAACAAGGCUGUUCUACAAAUCUCUCUUCUAGAGAGAACAAAGAGACAAGUCCUGUGAUGAAUGCAGCACAAUGUGAUGAACAAAUGAAGAGGAGUUCAAAACCAGGUGGUGAAGUGGGGUGGAUACAUCAGCAGUGCCAGGUGCUGCAGGAAUCCCUACUCCAUGAGAGAUGUUUUAGGAGAAAGGCAUAUGUUGAUGCCAACAACACUCUUAACUCUCCAAAGAAAAAGAGUCGGACGCUGAAAGAUUGGUCCUCAAAUGCUGCCUGCGGUUCUAAUGAAGUGUUUGCUGAUAAUGUUGCCCAUGCUGAUGGACAAAUUAGUGAAUGUCAUGUCUACAGCAAAACAGAUAAUCAAGAUAAAAGUUGUACUGUCAAUGAAGGCAAUAAAAGAAACAAUAAAAGAACUUGUGAUACACCUGCUGGGAAGCCUUGCAAUGCUGGGAGCUUCACAUACCCUGACUCGGAAUUUUUUGACUUCGGAAAGUGUAGGGAUGUCAAACUGUUUGCAGUUAAUCAGAUAUGGGCACUUUAUGAUGACUUUGAUGCCAUGCCAAGAUAUUAUGCUAGAAUUAGACAUCUUGAUACUACCAACUUCAGAGUUCGGUUCACUUGGCUGGAACACUAUGCAGUGAAUGAUGAUGAGGACAAUUGGACUUAUAAUGAACUUCCUGUGGCUUGUGGGAACUUUAAGUUAGGAGGAAACACACAAGAGUCACAACAUCCCCUCAUGUUUUCUCACAUUGUUUCAUGGGCUAAAGGCAGAACAAGGGGUUCUUAUGUAAUACAUCCAAGUAAGGGUGAGGUAUGGGCUCUUUAUAAGGGCUGGAGUAUGCAGUGGAUCUCAGAUGCAGACAAUCAUAGAUCCUAUGAGUAUGAAGUGGUGGAGGUCCUUUCAAACUUUACAAUGGAAGCUGGUGUCACUGUUAUCCCCUUGGUCAGGGUUGAAAGUUUUGUGAGUCUGUUUGCACAAGCAAAGGAUAAAUCAUCAUUUGUUAUACCAUCGAGUGAUCUACUUCGGUUUUCCCACAGUAUCCCAUUUUUCAGAACAGGAAAUGAGAAGGAAAAUAUGUGGUUAGAGCAUGACGUACCUGUGAGCUGUGGGACAUUUAAAAUCCGUUACUGGAGUAUCAAGUAUGACACAAAUGGUGCAUUCUCUCAUGUAGUAGAAACACGUUCAACGCGGCACUUUGAAAUUCACCCACAAGUAGGGGAGAUUUGGGCGAUCUACUGCAAUUGGUCACCUGGCUGGGUUCCUUCCAGUAAGGAUGCCUGUGAAUAUGCCAUUGGCGCGAUAACUGCGCGCACUGAAGCUAGCACGAAAGUCUUGUUUCUGACUCAGGUUGAUGGCUACAGAACUGUAUUCAGGCCAGACAAUGAGAGGGGUAUCCUGGAGGUGCCAACAAAAGAUGACUUGCGGUUUUCUCACCGGAUACCCUCUUUCCAACUGACAAAAGAAAAGGGUGGCACGCUCUGUGGCUUCUAUGAGUUGGAUCCUGCUGCUAUUCCUGAUCCAUUCCUCGCUGGGGGUAGUACCCACUGA